UAUUAGUCACGAUAUCAUCGUUUGAUGUACGUAGGUCCAUAAAGUUUGCGAAAUGGAUCGCUUCGUUUCCGUAGAUGAAUUCCAAGAAGAGGCCUUCAAGUUGCUACCGAAAAACGCGCUGGACUAUUAUAAGAGUGGCGCCGGAAGACAAGAAACUUUGAGGAACAAUAGAAGUGCCUUCUCUAAAUUUAAAAUUCGACCGAAAUGUCUACGAGACGUCUCCAAAACGGACUUGUCCGCCACAGUGUUAGGCGAGAAAGUGUCGAUACCUGUCGGAAUCUCUCCUUCUGCGAUGCAAAGGAUGGCUCACCCAGAUGGAGAGUGUGCCAGUGCAAGAGCUGCUCAAGGUAUGGGAACCAUAUUUAUUUUAAGCACAAUAGCCACUAGCAGUAUAGAAGAAGUCGCGGAGGCAGCGCCAGAAGCUAUUAAAUGGUUUCAGUUGUAUAUCUACAAAGAUAGGCAUGUUACCAGAUCCUUAGUAAAAAGAGCGGAAGAUGCCGGUUUUAAAGCGCUAGUCCUUACUGUAGACACCCCAAUGUUUGGUUUACGUUUAGCAGAUAUAAAGAACAAGUUCCAGCUACCUUCGCACUUGAAGUUAGCAAACUUUCAAGGAAAAUAUGCCUUAACAGCUAACAAAGUGGGCAAAAACACCGGUUCGGCAAUGAACGAUCUCGGGGCUCUCUUUGACGCCUCAUUAACAUGGGACGAUAUACGUUGGCUGAAAUCGAUAACGAAACUGCCAAUAGUGCUGAAAGGAAUACUGACCGCUGACGAUGCCAUUUCUGCUGCCGACGCUGGAGCAAGUGCCGUAAUGGUUUCGAACCACGGGGCUAGACAAGUCGAUGGCUGGCCGGCAUCGAUUGAGGCCCUACCGGAAAUCACCAAAGCGGUCGGUCAUAGGUUAGAGGUGUAUGUUGAUGGAGGCUUUUCAGACGGUACCGAUAUUUUUAAAGCGUUAGGCUUGGGGGCCAGAAUGGUAUUCCUAGGUAGACCAGUUUUAUGGGGUUUGGCAUGUGGUGGCGAGGAGGGAGUUAAAAAGAUCUUAACUAUUCUCAAGAUCGAGUUUGAAUAUGCGUUAGCCAUAUCGGGUUGCUCCCAAAUUUCGGACAUUAAGCCUUCAAUGGUCGUUCAUGAAUCCUAUUACGCAAGACUGUAAAUACAUAAUAGUUAAUCGAGAAUAUAUAUAAAUUUUGAUGACUUA